AUGGAAAAAGUCUUUCAAAGCUCAAAGGGUGUUAAAUUGGCCAAGCUGAUUGGCCACGGCAAGGCCAAUCAGCAACAGGAAGAUAGAAUGACUUAGUAAGGCCUAUGAUGCAUAAUAGAGUCAACAAGUUUAGUCGCAAUGCUCCAGCCCGGUCGCUAUAGCCACUUUAUCCCAUCCGACGCGACCCCACAAACUCCGACCAAAAACAAGAUUAAAUCGAAGACAAAGAGGCCGCACCGCGCGCCCCCGAUUCGCUAGCACACUGACCGUGCCAGAAUGGGCAAGGGCGAGAGUCCGUGGCGGAAUUCUCGGCGCCGGCGCGGAAUCCCAGGCCCCGCCCCGCCCCCCGAUCGUGCCCGACUUCUUUUGCCGCGCGCUCUUCGGGACCGGCUGUCCCGUUUCUCCCUUCUUCUUCGUUGUUUUCCUUCAACCACUCUACUCUACUUUUGUCGCUGAGAUGUGUGGGUCCGCAACGAUGAAAGAGGAAAAGCGGGGGAUGCCAUCUUGUGGUUGGUCUCGGGGUUGUGCCCGGCGGCGACAAAAAAACGGAAAAAGAACGAGAUCGCCGAGUUUGUGGGGGAAAAUUGGAAUGCCUCAAGGAAUAGGAGCAAAUCGGAGCAAAUGGAGACUCCGUGCAUAAAAAAUUCUCAAUCCUCUUGGCCUGAGGUAGUCAAACUCGUUAUUUGGCCGAAUCUCGGAAUUCUACUGCUUUCUAAAUAAGGGUAUUACCCUUCCAGACAAUAAAAAAACUUUUGCCUAUCCUAUUUGAUUUACCUGUCCCCAGCGGACUUUACAACCUCUUAAAUCCCCAAUUUCUUCAGCCCUAACCCUGAUCGCGUGCCCUAUAAUCAUGCCCUAAACUCUCGAGUCGCCUUUCUUUUUGAGAAGUCAGGUCAUUCGGGCGAUAAACCUUGAUGUAAAACAAGUCCGGAACCAACGGGGAAUUAGCAAAAAAGCGCUGUGCAAUGAUUAAAGCGAAUCCCUUGGAAAUAUCCGCCAAAUUUUUACUGUCACGGAUUCUGAAGAUGGAGAAAAACAUCGUAAAAUUUGGGGAACAUUAACGUCGAGUUUGACCUAAUGGGGAAGUUAAGUUAAAAAGAGAGGGGAAGAGCGCUGAUAUGGCCAGGGAAUCAAUCAUCUGUUCGCUGUGUUUAGAGCAGAGAAAAAAGGGGACGCGGGUUGGGGACCAUGAGAUAAGAAAUUUCGAUUGGAGAAGGCCUGUUUUUGGGAAAGGCCAAGCGAAUGAUGAUGUAAGAGAGGUUGUAAAAAGGGGAGAGGUGGUCUGGCUGGAUUUAUGAUCGAUGAAAGUCAUUAUUGGGCCGUAAACAGAAUAUAUAAUAAAUAGAGAUUAUAGAGGACACACCAGUGGCUGUGUGAUAUUUGGACUAACCUAAUACAUAUUCGACUUGAUAAAAGCAAGCAGAAUUAAAAAGUUGUGAUUUUUAGAUUAUUCGCUCGUCCCUACCGUCUCCCCAAGAAGACCCCCGGAGCCCUAUCCAAUAUUAUAAAACUGCCCAAAGUCCACUUAAAACACGCCAACCAGAUCUGAGCGCAACGACGGAUCGCCUUUGAAUCCGCCCGUCAGUGCGCGCCUUGGAGUCCCCGAGAAAAUAAAAGGCUGACCCGAUAAAGGUCGUCUUCAGGUGGCGUGUAAUCGGGUGCGGCCAUCAUUCUGCACUUUCAGAAAAUCAUAUGGUCUCAGACAAAUUGAUCAUAAUUUCAAGGACAUCAGAAAUCUCAUCCGAAAUGAUGAGCUUAAACUAAAAUUCGAGCAAAGUUGGCUCCGACUUCGAACAAAAUCGCUGACGCGUAUUCACUAAUUAGUUUCCGGGCUUGCGACGUCUGGCUGGAGCGACAGAACGAAGCCUCUUGCUUCAGGCACCGACUCCUCGAUCGAAUGCGUGGCUGUGACGGAAUGGGACGAACGGGUGGUGGGGUUGUUAAAAGCGGAAGGACAGGGCAAGUGCGUGUCCUUGAACGCAGCCAUGAGUUUCCAAAACACCGGCGACGCGACAAGGCACGAUGGAAUUUGGCAAUGGAGGCUUUGGGGACAGGCCAUCAAGCGCAAAAUGGGAGCGCUUAGGCAAAGGUCAUCGAUGGGAUGAACGGACUAAUAGGCAGCAAUUAAACUGGGCUAGGCUAUAAGGGAAGCAGAGGGCUUAGUCAUCAGAAGUGAUGGUGUUUGAUCAGAGGGAUUAUCGCAACAAGUUAAGGAGAAAAAAGGAAGUGGAUAAGGAGAAUACUUGAAUAGAAGAUAUCACAGAGAUCAUUACAUGGCUAGACCACAAAACCCUUCAAGCUUAGAGAAGGGAUUACAGUAUUACCGAAGCCAGCCGUCAGAAAGCCGCUGUCCAAGAGUCGCGCUCCCAUUCAAAGUGAUCCUUCGGUCCUCCUCUCGACCUCGCCAUUGGAGUCCAUCGGACCAGGACGAAAGCCUUCUGAAGCCGUCCAUUUCUCUCUCCCGUCCCCUCCCUUCUGUGCCCCGGAAGGCGUGGCAAUGGGGUCAGCGUCGCGCGAAAAGUUUUUUCCAACACGAUCUUCGCCUUGAAUCGCCACCACUGGCUGUUUCGGCUUCAGCGCGCGGCUCCGCUCGUCCCCACCCGGCCCCCGCUGCCCUUCCCCACAUCGAUUCGUCGCCAAUUGUCGUGCCAGUCGGACCCCAAAGGCUCGAAAUAAACUAUUUUUCUCGCGCGCCGUCACACCGCUGCCCUAUCCCCAUGCAUGCAAAAACAAUCGCCGCCCGGAGAGACGAGGCCCUCGAAAUCCCGAAAGAAGUUUUGUCGGGAUGCGUCCUAGAAAUAAUGGGCACCCUCGCUGUAUUUUCCAAUGUCCAGCGGCCUUGAGGGACCCCGAUUGGAAACAUUUAUUUAGAAACGCCACCUUCCGAAUUCGGGUCAUCCACGCUGUGAUGGGCACAGGGACUCGAGAAGGGGAUUAA